GUUGUAUUUGGAUCUGAGAAGUCCCGGCCAGCUGUUUACACAGAAGACUGCAACCCCGGGCUAUUACUAGGAAGCCCUGCCCAUUAAAAGGAGAGGACAAUGCCCCUGCUGGUGGCGGCUCCUGUCCACUGAGCAACCUGAGAGCGUGGCAGGGCUGAGCAUGGACCAGCGAGAGCUGCCCCCUCCUGCUCCUACAGAAAAUGAAGUGAAAUAUGAUCCUAAUAAUAAUGAAGAGGAAGAGGGAGAACAGUUUGAUUUUGAUAGUGGAGAUGAAGUUCCAGAAGCUGAUCGCCAGGCCUCAUCUGCCCCUGAGGUGGGAAGAGCAGAAACAGGAGGAGCUGCUGUCCCUGCAGGUGAAGAUGGAACUGCCGCAGAGACUGCCACUGUGGCCAGACCAGCCACACUUGCUGUUCCUACGAAAGUGAACCCAUAUUCUGUCAUUGACAUCACACCGUUCCAAGAGACCCAGCCCUCAACCCCUGAUUCACAUGUAGAGGAGGAAGGAGUGGGCCUCCAUGUGCCCAGUGGGUACUCAGUGCCUGUGCCCUGUGGCUAUGCUGUCCCAUCCAGCCUCCCACUGCUGCUGCCACCAACCUACUCCAGCCCUGUCAUCAUCCGCACCGAGUCUGUGGAGGAGGAAGAAACACCAGAAGUCACAGAAGAUGUGAGUUCUGAGGGGCCUACACACAGCCACUGGUUCCUUGAUCCAGAGGAAGCAAUUUAUGAUGAUGUUCCAAGGGAAAAUUCAGAUUCUGAACCAGAUGAAAUGAUUUAUGAUGACGUGGAGAAUGGAGAUGACGGUGGAAACAGUUCUUUGGAAUACGGAUGGAGUUCAAGUGAAUUUGAAAGCUAUGAAGAACAAAGUGACUCAGAGUGUAAGAAUGGAAUUCCCAGGUCUUUCCUGCGUGGCAGCCACAAAAAGCAACUCUCUCAUGACCUAACCCGCUUAAAGGCGCACUGUGAGGAAAAGAUGAGAGGCUUGAUGGCCAGCACGGUGGGAGCCGUGGAGGCGCGGAGGCCAAGGCGAAGGAGGGAGCGGAAGAUGCAAAAGCUAAUGAAGGCAGCCAAGGAGGGCACCAGAGAUGGGCUUGAGAAAACCAAAGCUGCUGUGAAGAGAGGCCGCUCAUUCAUCAGGACCAAGUCUUUCAUUCCUCAAGAUCACAAAUCUUAUCUUGAAGAAGAGCAAAAUUUGUUUAUAGAGGUUGACUGUAAGCACCCAGAGGCUAUCCUGACUCCAAUGCCCGAGGGCUUGUCUCAGCAGCAGGUCGUAAGAAGGUAUAUACUGGGUUCAGUCGUGGAAAGUGAAAAGAACUACGUGGAUGCUCUUAGGAGGAUUUUAGAGCAAUAUGAGAAACCGCUGUCUGAGACAGAGCCUCGUAUUCUGAGUGAGAGGAAGCUGAAGAUGGUGUUCUACCGUGUCAAGGAGAUCCUGCAGUGCCACUCCAUGUUCCAGAUUGCCCUUGCCAGCCGUGUAUCUGAGUGGGAUGCUGUGGAAACAAUUGGUGACGUGUUUGUAGCUUCGUUUUCCAAAUCCAUGGUGCUGGAUGCAUAUAGCGAGUAUGUGAAUAAUUUCAGCACGGCCGUGUCCAUCCUCAAGAAAACAUGUGCCACUAAGCCUGCUUUUCUUGAAUUUUUAAAGCAGAGUCAGGAGUGCAGCCCCGACCGUGCCACUCUCUACAGCCUGAUGAUGAAGCCCAUUCAGCGAUUUCCCCAGAUCAUCCUCCUGCUCCAGGACAUGUUGAAGAACACCUCCAAAGGACAUCCUGACCGGCUGCCCCUUCAGAUGGCGCUAACAGAGCUCGAAACUUUAGCAGAGAAGUUAAAUGAAAGAAAAAGAGAUGCCGACCAACGCUGUGAGAUCAAACAAAUAGCAAAAGCCAUAAAUGAAAGAUACCUGAACAAGCUCCUCAGCAGUGGAAGUCGGUACCUCAUUCGCUCCGAUGAUGUGAUAGAAACAGUUUACAAUGACCGUGGAGAAAUUAUCAAGACCAAAGAACGAAGGCUGUUCAUGUUGAACGACGUACUGAUGUGUGCCACCGUCAGCUCCCGCACCUUGCAUGAAAAUCACAUUGUGACCAGCCAGAGGUACCUGCUCAAGUGGAGUGUCCCUCUGGGACAGGUGACCGUGAUUGAGUACGGCAGCAAUCCCAGCACAGGCGAGCAUAGCCGAUACCCAGCUGGGCACCCUCCUGAAAGCCUGGCUGUGGUGGCGAACGCGAAGCCACACAAAGUUUACAUGGGGCCAGGACAGCUAUAUCAAGAUCUGCAAGAUCUGCUGCAUGAUCUCAAUGUUGUUGGUCAGAUUGCUCAGCUGAUAGGAAACCUUAAGGGAAACUAUCAGAACUUAAAUCAGUCAGUAGCCCAUGACUGGACAUCAGGUUUACAGAGACUGAUUUUGAAGAAGGAAGAAGAAAUUAGAGCCGCUGAUCGCUGUAGAAUUCAGUUACAGCUCCCAGGGAAGCAGGACAAGUCUGGGCGACCAACAUUUUUUACAGCUGUGUUCAAUACAUUCACCCCUGCAAUCAAGGAGUCCUGGAUCAACAACUUGCAGAUGGCCAAGCUUGCCCUGGAGGAGGAGAACCACCUCGGCUGGUUCUGUGUGGAUGAUGACGGGAACCAGACUAAGAAGGAGACACACCCUCUACUUGUGGGACACAUGCCUGUGAUGGUUGCUAAGCAGCCAGAGUUCAAGAUUGAAUGUGCUGCUUACAAUCCUGAGCCUUACCUAAGUAAUGAUAGUCAACCAGAUUCGUUUUCUGUGGCACGUGGCUUCCUGUGGAUUGGAAGUUGUAGCAGUCAGAUGGGCCAGAUUGCCAUUGUGUCAUUUCACAAUUCCAACCCCAAAGUCAUUGAAUGCUUCAAUGUGGAGUCACGCAUCCUCUGCAUGGUGUACAUCCCCGUGGAGCAACCCCAGGAGCCUCGCGCAGUCCUGGACCCCGAGGCUACGGCCACCAGGGCUUCCGAUGUGCCCACCAUCUGCCUAGGCACAGAAGAAGGAAGCAUUUCCAUUUAUAAAAGCAGUCAAGGCUCCAAGAAAGUGAGACUUCAGCACUUUUUCACUCCUGAGAAGUCCACCGUCAUGAGCUUGGCCUGCUCACCACAGGGCCUAUAUGCUGGCCUGGUCAAUGGGUCGGUGGUCAGCUACACCAAGGGAACAGAUGGAUCUUGGAAUGCAGAACCUCAGAAAGUGAUAAAACUUGGUGUCCUGCCAGUUAGAAGUCUCCUCCUGAUGGAAGACACGCUGUGGGCAGCAUCUGGAGGCCAAGUCUUCAUGAUCAGCUUGGAGACCCAUGACGUUGAGAACCAGCUGGAGGCCCACCACGAGGAAGGGAUGGUCAUCUCCCACAUGGCAGUGGCUGGUGUUGGGAUCUGGAUUGCCUUUACCUCGGGCUCCACCCUCCGCCUCUUCCACACAGAAACGCUGAAGCACCUGCAGGACAUCAACAUCGCUGCCCCUGUGCACAGCCUGCUACCAGGGCACCAGAGGCUGUGUGUGACCAGCCUGCUUGUCUGCCGCGGCUUGCUGAUGGUGGGCACCAGCCUGGGUGUGGUGGUGGCCCUGCCCGUCCCUCGGCUACAGGGGGUCCCCAAGGUGACAGGAAGAGGCAUGGUCUCCUACCAUGCGCAUCACGGUCCUGUCAAGUUCAUCGUCAUGGCCACGGCUUCACCCCAGAGGGACAAAGAUAGAGCCAGGGAUGGCCCAGCCCCAGGCCUGGAGGCUCAGGAUGGAGACCAGAAUGCUCUUCCAGAUGAGGGGCCCACGUCCUGCCCUAGCCAGAGUGGCCUCAACACAGCCACAGCUGUUUGGUUGGGAGAGUCCCCAGGGUUGGUGACUCAGAAGAGUGACCUGUCUUCCUCCUCUGGGUCCCUGAGCCUGUCCCAUGGCUCCAGUUCGCUAGAGCAUAGGUCGGAGGACAGCAGUGCCUGUGACCUUCUGAAGGAUGCUGCCACCUCUCUCAGGAGUGGAGUGCAGUGGUCUAAGAGGGCCAAGGCCAGCUCGGCCCUGGUGGUGUGCGGGGGUCAGGGCCACCGCCGUGUGCACAGGAAGUCCCGGCAGCCCCAGGAGGAGCUGGUGUCCUCAGUGAUGGUGUGGCAGAUCCCACUGCUGAGUGCAUAGGGGAAGUAGAGGAAUAGCUGCCCCCCCCCACCUGCUGGCAUCCCAGUGCGAUGUGAGGGGACCCUGGCUCUCAGCGGAACACAGGCCCAAGCUGCCGAGCUCACAGCACCCAGGACCGCCGCAAACAGUGCUUGGAGAAGAAAUCAAUGUGCAAUAUGUGAGGGCAGCUCUCCUGCCUACCCGCCCCAUACUUCCACACAGAACUCACCCAGGGAUGCGGAGGGGUGGCGAGGGAGAGCAGAGUGGGGCCACUCGCUCACAGGAAUGCAGAUGGCCCAGCGUCAGCUCCAAGCCUAGUGUUGGGGGAAACGUAACUAUUCACUAGUGUAGGGAUUUACUAACAAUACUCGUAACAGUUUCACUUGACUCGAAUUUACUACUUUUAUUUAUAUUUUAUAUUUUUAAAUUCCAAAACAAAAUGUGUAACAAUGUAAGAAGGCUGGUAGCCCAGGCAGUCCAGUUAGGAAUUUGCACUUGGGCUACUGCGUGUGCUCUAGAUUAUAACCAAGACAUGUUUUAUAUUUAAAAAUUAACAGUCAUGCUUUAGCUAUGAUAAUAUCUAAUGUUUCACAAAUAAUCUUUGCUUUGAACCAAAUAGUUAACAUUGAGAGUCAAGUAUCAAUGCCAAAUGUGCUUGCCUUCUUGUGUUAAGUAGCAUUCAUGUCCAUAUUGCAGGAAAUGUGCCCAAAGUCUCAGCCGUUCUCCACACCCUUCCCUCUCCUGAUGGCCUGGAGUGCUGUGGUUGGAGCAUUUGUUCCAAGUGUCCUGAGGUGCUGUCCAGUGGCUGUGCUGCUGCCCAUGGGCCGGCCCAGCUUGCCACUCUGCCCCUCCGUGCCUCUCUUCAUCCCUUCCCUCCAUUCCUCAAUGGAGGGCACCAGAUGUGUUUUGCACUCAGGUCCAGAUGCCUGAGAAGCUGUGAGGCUCCGUGUGCUUUAAGUUGCAUCAACUUCUACUGGAUGGUUGGAUGGAUAACAAGAAGGAAAAAAGGCCUCACACAAGCAUUUACCAGAAACAAACUUCUCAGCACUUUACAGAUAAACGAAAAUGUUAAUUUUAUGACUUAGCCAACUAGUUUCCAAAUUACAUAUAUUCUCUCAAGUGUUCUUAAACUGUUAGCUGCUAUCUUGUUUCAUGAAGUAAAACC